GACAUCAUGUGAAAGUUGUAUUGAUCCACACACCUCUCCCGUGGUCCAGCACUCCGAAGAUGUGGUGGCCGCUGCUGGUUUUUGCUCUUCUGUCGGUCCUUCGAAGCGGAGAUGCUCAUCAGUUCCAGACAUUCGACAAUGGGCAGAUUUCCCCUAUUGGGAACCUGGAACACCUGGUGAGGUCGCUGCAGAAGGAGGUGACGGACAUCAGGAAGGAGGUUCACACGCGCAUGGAUACCAUGAAAUAUGAACUGACCUGCGAGAUUCGGAACAUGAAGGAGGCGCUGUCGAAGGAGCGGGAGGAGAUGAGCGCUAAGGUAGAUCAGGUAGCUCUGGAGAUGACAGAUUUUAAGAAGAAGCUCAAGCGAGGGCUGAGGAGGGUCGGCACUCAGAAUGAUGACAUCAAAGGUGAGCUGAGAUCGCAGAAAGCUGAACUCUUCGCUGUGAGGAACAGCGUGUAUGACUCUCGUGAGGAGGUGUUGGAAAAGAGUGGGUUGAAAGCACUGCACGCCCUGACCAGUGGCCGACCCCACCAGCUGAGGGCAGAUAUGGAGGAUUGGGAGGGCAACACUGCCUGGGCUGCCUACACUUUCUUUGCGGUGUCGGGUGAGGAGGACAAGUACAGACUGAGGAUCGCUGGUUACACUGGCACCGCUGGAGACAGUAUGAGACAUUCUCACCAUCAGAUGUUCUCCACUGUGGACCAGGACAAUGACCAGGAGAACUGGGGAAGCUGUGCUCGUGGUCGUGGAGGAGGUGGGUGGUGGUGGGGUCGCUGUGCUUGUACUCAACCCACCGGACAGUACCGCCGGGGUCGCUAUCAGGGUCCCGAGCGGGGAAUCACUUGGUGGCACUGGAAGGACUCUAACUACUCGUUAAAGACUCUCCUCCUGAAAAUUAGGCCGCUGGAAUGAUGGAACAGCGACGACAAGCCCAAGGAGUGAGCUGGAACAACAUAUCAAGCAGUUCCCACAACAUUGUUCCAGCUUUUCACAUAGGCUGGUACAAUAUAUUUUUAUUUAUGCAAAGAUUUUCCAACAUAAUCCACUGAGCAGUGCGCUGCAAUGGGCCACAAUUGCAAAAUAAAUGUAUACAUUAUGUUCCAAUGUACUAGAGGACUGUGUUCAUUGAGGUAUGCUGGUAUAUCACAUUGUUCAGUGAAGUAUGUUGGUAUAUCAUAACGCAGUUACUUGAACUCUCUAAGAUUUCUGAUGGAAAAUAGAAUAUCUAUGUCUAUAGUCUAGUUACCACCCCAUAUUCACUCCCUAAAUGAAUGUGGUUUGUCGUCUAUGUGGCCUCGGAUACACUUACGGGCUUCCAUGUGUCCUCAUGAACUUUAUGACUUAGUCUAUGUGUCUUUAAGCACUUCAUGACUUGGUCUAGUCUCUGGGACUUGGUAAAACUUAGUCUCCUCAACUGUUAAGUUGCUUUGUGUUCAGUAACUUUAGGCAAUCCAAAAGGUCUUUAAUCAUCUGUGUACAGUAGUUUAAAUGUAAGGUUGAAGCUAACAAAGUAUCUCGGUCUUUAUAUUGGCCAGAAAAUAGCAUUAGCUUAAUAAUAUUUUCUGUCUUCAGUAGUUCCUCUCCUGUGACCUAAGGAUAGCUUUAUGCAAAGUGAACCCCCAAAAAAUAAAUACCUCGAUUUUUGAUUCAGCUUCAUGACUGUGUUCAAUUACGGAGAAUUCUUGUUCCAUUUGUUCUCUUGACUGAUGAUAUAUUCCCCAUAUGGUAACUUAUUAUAUGCACAAUUAUUUAUAAUAUACCUCAAAAAACACGCUUAGCAAAGUAAGUGUCUUUGAUCUGUAGCAAUAUCAAUCAAGAACACAUUAAUAUCAAGCGAAUUUCUGGUAAUUUUAGCAGGCCAUGUGAGAUACUGGCUUUGAUACUUGUCCGUCAUAAGUCUUGCAAGAUACCAGCUGAUAAAUACACAUGAUACAUUGUCUCUGGUAUCAGUUAAUACAUGUCCUUGUAACUGAAAUGUCUUGUUAGAAAUGUAUUGAGGAAUGCCAGUGAAUGAGAGACCAAUAUAGUUUAAGAUUCUUCAAGUAAUGAGUGCAGCUUCUGUCCAUUAGUCUUCUUGUUGUGGUUUAUAGGGCACCUUGUGGAUCACGCAGUAUCCAGCCCUCUGUCGACUAACCGAGGAGCUUUGUCUUCACUCCCUCAUUGGUAAUUUCACUGGAACAGCCAAGAGGAAGCCAAUGAUUUAGCAACAGGAAUGAUUUAAUUUUUAGCUUAAGAAUGAUACCGACAAUAUGCGCUUAGAUUCCAUUUGGUAUUAUUAUCUCUCCUGUUUGUUCGCGUGGAUGAUAGUUCCCGCAGUCGAUUGCAAUGAGGGUAAUACUUGUAAGCACUCUGUUAAGGAUGGAAAAAAUUAUAUGAAAAUAACACCUAUUUAAAAUAGUAAAGAGGGGACCUUGAAUUAGAAAGACGUAUUGUUAAGGGCCUUCCUCUUGCAGAAGCCACAGAUUUUCAUCAGAGUUCUGAAAGUGAAAGUUAAGGGGUAAGAACUUUGCAGAUGCAUGUGUUCUGACUGGAAGGUACUGGGUGUUUGCGCUGGUGUAAUCAGUGGCAGUGUUAUGAUGGUGCAAGUAUGACCAAGGCGGAGUAACAGAUGUCUGUAAUUAAGCUGAUGUUCGUAAUUAAGUUUACUGAUCUGUGAUGUUCAAGGUGUUCAAGGCAAAUUAUUUUUUUUUAGAUGAUAAUUUAACAUCAUUUAAGGAACUGUUAUAGAAAAGGUUAGUGAAAAUGCUCUUGGUAAUUAGACUAGUUGUGAUACAUUCUCUAAUUAGCAUUGUAAUCCACGUAAUUAGUGACCUUAUAAUUGGUGACUAAAUUACCUAACUCUAGAUAAAAAAAACUGUGAUGUUGGUGACUAAAAUCUGUGUUGAGAACUAGAGAACUAUAGCUAAAAAAUGUUAAAAGUUUAUAGUCUAACUGGUUAGCUAGACAUAAUGAGAUUACUAAUGUAGUUUGAAUGUGAUAUUUGUGGGGUUUAAGGGCUGAAGUUUUGAGCUAGGAUAGACAAGAGUGAAAUGUUGAUGGAGACUGCAAUGUUCGCUAGGAGAAUGGCUAGGAUAUGAGAGGGUGUUGGAGGGUGGUUCAGCAAGUACUAGAAUGGUUCAGAAAGUGCUAGGAUGAUUCAGAAAGUGCUAGAAUGGUUCAGAAAGUGCUAGGAUGGUUUAGAAAGCGCUAGGAUGGCUCAGAAAGAGCUAGGAUGGUUCACCAAGUGUUAGGGUGCUGGGAGCGUGUGUUGAGGCGUUUAAAAGUUAACAUUAAUCUUGUUAAUCAGGUUCAGCACAGGUUAUGAACAAGGUAGAAGAUAUUACAUGUCAGUGAGAUGAGAGAGGAAGGGACAGGAAAUGCAGAGCUUUAAAUGAAACGUAAGUAAGCUCUAUGUAGAGCUUUAUCAUGAUUGAUCAAGAUAUACACUGGGUGACGCAUGACUGAACAAAGCUCUACACAAAACGAACAUGACUUGAUAAAGCUCUACACAGAGUGAAUUAAGACCUGACAAACUCUACAUACAAUAAACAUGAGUUGACAAAUCUCUACACAGCUAAACAUGAAUUGACAAAGCUCUACACAGAAUGAAAUAUGACUCGACAAAGCUCUACAGAGAGCAAACAUGAACUGACAAAGCUCUACACAGAGUGAAACAUGACAAAAGCUCUACGCAGAGUGAAACAUGAUGAAGCUCUACACAGAGUGAAACAUGACGAAGCUCUACACAGAGUGAAACAUGGCGAAGCUCUACACAGAGUGAAACAUGAUGAAGCUCUACACAGAGUGAAACAUGACGAAGCUCUACACAGAGUGAAACAUGACGAAGCUCUACACAGAGUGAAACAUGACGAAGCUCUACACAGAGUGAAACAUGACGAAGCUCUACACAGAGUGAAACAUGGCGGAGCUCUACACAGAGUGAAACAUGAUGAAGCUCUACACAGAGUGAAACAUGACGAAGCUCUACGCAGAGUGAAACAUGAUGAAGCUCUACACAGAGUGAAACAUGACGAAGCUCUACACAGAGUGAAACAUGACGAAGCUCUACACAGAGUGAAACAUGGCGAAGCUCUACACAGAGUGAAACAUGACGAAGCUCUACACAGAGUGAAACAUGACGAAGCUCUACACAGAGUGAAACAUGACGAAGCUCUACACAGAGUGCAACAUAACAAACCUCCACACAGAGUAAAACAUGACAAAGCUCUACACAGAGCCGAUCGUGACUCUACAUAAUGAGCAGUGUCAACCAGACACAGGUUGAGAUAGAGUAAUAUAACCUCCAAAUGUUUCUUGCCCUCUCAGAAUUAGACAACAUCAAAGAAUUUAGAAAGGCGAGGAGCGCGAGUGAGCACUCAUCCUCUCCCAUACUUGAGUAUAAGUCAGUGUCAAGAAUGAGUGCCUCGUGCGGAUGAUAGCUGGAUGAUAGCCCAGUUAUCAUCCCAGUAUUUAUGGCCCAGCGAUGGUACAAAAGUUUGAAAGCAUAUUUUUACUGGUAUUAAUGUGUGUUUACAGUGAUGGUGGUUCCUGGCUGAA